AUGGUUCUUCACAGAGAACUCGAACAUUUCUUUUCAUCUCCAUUCAGCGACCCUCCCAAAGAUGGGUCGAAAUCCAGUGGGAUGUCCAUUGAAAAGAAGAUAGAGUUCCUCGAGAGCUUAACUGGAAAGGUCACAAAUCGAAGGUCCCGUAGGUGGUUAAAUGACCGUCUCUUGAUGGAACUAGUACCGCGUUUAAAUGCAGAGGAAAUUAAAGGCUUAUUUGCUCCACCACCUUGGGGUGAUGAAGUCCCGCCUUCUACAUUUUCCAUGACUAACAUAGAGGAAUGGGACCGAUUCAGGAAUAUAGACAUGGAUAAAGAGGUUAAUAUAAUUAAUUCCCUGGAGAACUCUGUAGAAAAAAGGAAAGGUCACAUUGAUUCCGACAAGUUGGCAGUGUUGAAUGGUUGGCGUAGAAUUGAUUGUAGAACAAGAGAUGCACUUCGCCGCAGCUCUCUUUCUGAGCUCAUAGAGAAUUAUGAGGAAUGUUUAAAAACCUUCAUAACAGAGAGCAUAGAUGGAGAUGUUCUGGAGCUGCAGAUUCAAGAUCCUUUCCACAGAUUGCUUCUGCAUGGAGUUUGUGAGUUCUACAAUCUGGCAUCGGAUACAGUGACAGAUAAUAACGGUGUGGAGUCGUCAAAGAUUACAAAGAUAAAGAAGAAGAAAAGGGGUUCGCCAGUGCUCCCAAAUAUCACUCUGUCCCAUUUUCUGAAGAUGUCCAAGGAAGGAAGUUGGUAG